AACAUAUGUUAAAUCGACAGCGUUUGUUGUUGUAUUGCCAUAUGAAAAUCUAAAGGUUAUCCUUCAUUGAGAGAAAACAAAAAACAUUUCCAAUGAUGAGAUUGACUUUUAUCCUUUUCACAAUCGGACUAUUACUCGACCGCUCCUCGAGCCAUCCUUUGGACAAUGGCGAAAGAGGCAGCGGGACCGAGGCCGAUUCGAAACGAAACGCCCAGUUUCGCUAUUUUGGCCAGCUAUUGUACAAUUUGGAAAUGAAAUCGUGUAAUUUUAUGCGAAACAAUGAACAUGUGGUCCAGGACGUUUUGAAGCAGUAUUUACCAGAAUUAAGAACACUGACCUUCGGGUAUUGCACAAACGCAAGCUUGACAACUUUACAAGCCAAGGCUGCAGUUCUGAAACACUUCCACUUAGAGGAUUAUCUUGAGAGCGAAAAGGCUAGAUUAGCAUGGACUCCUUUCGACGUUCUGUUCAAUCUGUGGUGCGACUACAUGAACAACGAUAACUUUUCACUGAAACAAUUGUUUUCAAGAUUUAAAACGCUUGACCUGGAUUGGGAAUUGGUUUUCAAGGGAAAAUUUAGCAAUUUACGGGCCAAAUUAAGCACACUAUUGGCAGAUUUUGAACAAUUUGCCUCCAUGAAGCAAUCGGAAAGGUCGAAUCCUACUGAUGUCAAAUCGAGCCAACCUAUGAACGAAGCCGGAAAAGUAAGCAAGGUGGAAGGAGGAAACCACCAGUUUGAAGUUCUCAGCCAAGGAGUUUUAGAAUUGGAUUUGAAAUUAUGCUUUUUCCUAGAAGUCAACGAAGUAUCAGUCAAGGAAUUGCACACGGUUUAUUUUCAAGAUCUUCUCGAAGUUACCAGUAAUCAAUGCAAGAAUCCCAGCGAAGCAAGCCAAAAGGCUAAGGCUGAAUUGGUAAAAUAUUUGAACUUGCCUGAAUCAACAGAGAGCGACAAUGUGACAUUGCUUUGGACUCCUUUUGAAGUUCUCUUCAAUCUGUGGUGCGAAGUCGUUAAUAAUGACAGUUUCUCUUUGGAACAAAUGUGGCAUAAAACGAAGCCAACUCUCUUAACGUGGGAAGCAAUAUUAAGGGUGUUAUCUGGCUACUGGUAUAAAUUAAAAACAUAUCUCUUUGGUUGAAGAAUACCGUUUCAACAAGUCCGUCAGAGAUAGUUAAUGAAAUUAGAGAGUUAAAAUUUGUUGACCGAGCUUUGAACCGAUUAUCUUGUUUGUAAGACUUACUGCAUUUGCUAGAAGAAAUAAAAUAUUUGUUGAUUUUU